AGAGCUCGAAUCAGACAAGUUGCUAAUUCGUACGAGCCCAGAACGAGAUCUUUUUCUGGGUCUCCUUGAACAAACCACACUCACGUGUGUCGGGAUCUAUAUCAAGCUUCCUUAGCCAUGGGGUUUGAUCCCGAGAACCAAUCGAUUUAUUCCGUUGGACAGGUUGGUGAUUCUUCUUCAGGUGAGAUUAAUGCUCAAAAGGAACCUUUGAUUAAAGAGAACCACAGCCCAGAAAAUUACUCUGUUCUUGCAGCCAUUCCACCGUUUCUUUUUCCAGCUCUUGGAGCGUUGCUUUUUGGUUAUGAAAUUGGUGCAACAUCUUGUGCUAUCAUGUCUAUUAAGUCGCCUUCUUUAAGUGGAAUUACAUGGUACGACUUGUCUUCAGUCGAUGUUGGUAUACUUACCAGUGGCUCACUGUAUGGUGCCUUAAUUGGCUCCAUUGUUGCAUUUAGUGUUGCCGACAUUAUAGGAAGGAGAAAGGAGCUGAUUUUGGCUGCAUUCUUUUAUCUUGUUGGAGCCAUUGUGACUGUAGUAGCACCUGUCUUUUCCAUACUGAUAAUUGGACGACUUACUUAUGGCUUGGGGAUUGGACUGACCAUGCACGCGGCUCCAAUGUACAUUGCGGAGACUGCUCCAAGUCAAAUACGUGGACGGAUGAUAUCGCUAAAGGAAUUCUCCACUGUCCUUGGAAUGGUUGGAGGUUAUGGAAUCGGUAGCCUUUGGGUUACGGUUAUUUCUGGUUGGCGUUACAUGUACGCAACAAUUCUCCCUUUGCCAGUUAUUAUGGGAAUUGGAAUGUGUUGGCUACCAGCAUCUCCGAGGUGGCUUUUAUUGCGCGCUCUCCAGGGAAAAGGGAAUGUGGAGAAUCUUCAACAGGCUGCAACUAGGUCUCUUCGUCGCCUUAGAGGGUCUGUCAUUGCUGACUCAGCUGCUGAACAAGUAAACGAGAUCUUGGCUGAACUUUCCUUUGUGGGUGAGGACAAAGAUGCUACGUUUGGUGAAUUAUUUCGAGGCAAAUGCUUGAAAGCUCUCACUAUAGCAGGAGGGUUGGUCUUGUUCCAACAGAUUACUGGGCAACCAAGUGUACUUUAUUAUGCACCAUCAAUACUACAGACUGCCGGGUUUUCUGCUGCAGCUGAUGCAACUCGGAUUUCAAUUCUGCUCGGUCUAUUGAAGUUGGUUAUGACAGGAGUUUCUGUGAUAGUUAUUGACAGAGCUGGAAGGAGACCUUUACUUCUUGGUGGUGUUAGUGGCAUGGUGAUCUCAUUGUUCCUCCUGGGGUCCUACUACAUCUUUUAUAAAACUGUACCAGCUGUUGCUGUAGCUGCAUUGCUACUGUAUGUAGGCUGUUACCAGCUAUCCUUUGGCCCUAUUGGUUGGCUGAUGAUUUCAGAGAUAUUUCCCUUAAAAUUAAGAGGUCGAGGAAUCAGUCUAGCAGUUCUUGUGAAUUUCGGAGCAAACGCACUCGUGACAUUCGCUUUCUCACCUCUAAAGGAGCUGUUAGGAGCUGGAAUCUUGUUCUUUGCAUUUGGAGUGAUAUGUGUAGUGUCUCUCUUCUUCAUAUACUACAUAGUGCCAGAGACAAAGGGUCUCACUCUUGAAGAAAUUGAAGCCAAAUGUCUCUAAAAGGUUUCUCAUCUUAGCUCCACUUUCUCUGCUGCUUCAUUGCUUGAGGAUCUGAAUCGCAAACGCACCAGCCGCAGGUGGAGUCAGCCAUUUACCGCGGAAUUGUCACUGUUUGGAUAACUUUUAAAGAAUGGUUGCAUCUCGCUGCAAAAUUUGGUGCGUUGGACAAGUUUGCUUAAUUUGUAUUUUAAAAUGUAAGAAGAUACGCGUUCAAAAUUUUGUGAAUGUAUGAAAAUAAUGUGAGAUUCAAAAU